CAGAAAUUGUUGAUUAAUGGUCCCAUAAUCGGGUCGGGUUCGGGUAUAUCACGAAUGAGGUUACUAAUCGAUGGUCUCAAAUCGCACAACUACGCCAUUAAAUCCGGUCAUAUUACCACAAUAUAUGCAUGCAAUCAGCUGAUACAUCUAUACUCUAAACAUGGUCUGAUAAAAGAAGCAUGCAAACUGUUUGAUGAAAUGCCUGAACGAAACGUUUUCACAUGGAACGCCAUAAUAUCGACCCAUAUCAAGUCCCAUAACUUGGGUCAGGCCCAAAAUUUGUUCAAUAUCGCCCCAUGUAAAGAUUCUGUGACUUACAACUCAAUGUUGUCAGGUUAUGCAAACAACGAGGGGUUUGAAAUGAAGGCGGUUGAUUUAUUCGCGCAGUUGCAUUGUAUGAGUAACGAUACAUGGAUUGAUGAGUUUACGCUUACUAGAAUGUGUAACUUGACUGCAAAGAUUAAAGAUUCGUGGUAUGGGAAACAGUUGCAUUCGUUUAUGGUUAAAACUGGGAAUAAUGUUAGCGGGUUUGCAGUGAGUGCUUUAGUAGAUAUGUAUUCGAAAAAUGGGUGUUUUAGUGAAGCGUACGAGGCAUUUAAUGGAUGCAAAUGUGGAUCAGUGGAUGUGGUUUCUAAGAAUGCGGUUGUUGCUGCGUGUUGUAGAGAAGGAAAGUUAGACAUGGCGGUGGAGCUUUUUUCAAGUGACCCGGAGUUAAAUGAUGUCGUUUCUUGGAAUACUAUGAUUACAGGGUAUACACAAAAUGGGCGUGAUAUAGAUGCUGUUAGUUUGGCCGUUUGUAUGGAGAAAAACGGGUUUAGAUGGAAUGAACACACAUUUGGUAGUGUUUUAAGUGCUUGCUCGUCUUUAAAGAAUUUGAAAAUGGGGAAAGAGCUUCAUGCUAGAAUCCUGAAAGAAAUAACGAGUGUGAAUCCAUUUAUUAGUAGUGGGAUUGUUGAUGUUUACUGCAAGUGUGGCAAUAUGAAGUAUGCUGAAUCGGUUCAUUCAACAAUUGGUAUUGAGAAUAAGUUUUCCACUAGUUCAAUGAUUGUGGGAUACUCUUCAAAACACAAUAUGGUAGAAGCUCGAAGGAUUUUUGAUUCUUUAACGUCGAAGAAUUCUGUUGUCUGGUCAGCUAUGUGUUCUGGUUAUCUGAACUGUCAUUGUUGUAACAAUGUUUUUGAACUAUUUCACAUGUUUAUAGACCAAGAAAAAAUGGUACCUGAUAACUCGAUUCUUGCAAGCUUGCUUGGUGCAUGCUCUAUACAAGCAAUCGUGGAUCCUGGAAAACAGAUUCAUGCAUACAUAUUAAAGAUGAGGAUUCAUGUGGAUGGGAGAAUAAUAAGUGCCUUACUUGAUAUGUACUCGAAAUGUGGAAACAUUAAGUAUGCACAGAGAUUUUUUGAACAAGUUAAGUUUAGGGAUUUAGUAAUAUACAAUAUCAUGAUAGCUGGUUUUGCUCACCAUGGUUAUGAACAUGAAGCAUUUGUACUCUUCGAUAAAAUGCUCAAAAGUGGUUUCACACCUGACACGGUAACGUUUAUUGCAGUCUUAUCAGCUUGUCGUCAUGGAGGUUUAGUUCAAGAGGGUGAAAAGUACUUCAAAUCUAUGACAGAAGAGUAUAAUUUAACACCUGAAAUUGAUCAUUAUGCAUGUAUGAUUGAUCUUUAUGGAAGAGCAAACAAACUCGAGAGAGCAAGAGAGUUCAUGAUACAGAUUCCCAUAGAACUAGAUGUGGUUAUACUUGGAACAUUCUUGAGUGCUUGCAGGCUGCACCGGAAUGUUGAACUAGCACGAGAAGCAGAAGAAAAGUUGUUAAGGAUUGGGGGAGACAGUGGAAGUAGGUAUGUGCAGUUGGCUAACGUUUAUGCAUCAGAAGGACAAUGGGAUAAUAUGGGGAGGAUUCGGAAAAAGAUGAGAGGGAUUGAGGUUAGUAAGACCGCGGGUUGUAGUUGGGUUCAUGUUGGGGGCAAAGUUCAUAGUUUUACAUCUGGUGACACAUAUCAUUCAGAAGCCGAACCUGUGUAUGGUAUUCUGGAUUUUUUGGGCAUGGAAAUGAACAACUUAGAUGAGAUUGAUUUGUGUAUCUAAUGUUACUAUACUUUGUACUACUUAUCGGGAGAAUGAAUCAUGAUGUUUGGACUUCAGCUUCA